AUGGGGAGCGUGACGUCGGAGGACGCCUCCGAUCGGUGCGGGAGCUAUAGCCCUAGUGCUGAUGUUAGUGAGUCGGAGACCUCGUCGGAGUUCUCAGUGCGGAGGUUCUCCGGCGGGGGAAGAGGCGGAGGCUGCGGUGGGGCGUCGAGCUCGAUGGCCUCGUCUCCGAUGAAGACGGCGAGGGCCGCGAUGGCGAUGAUGGCGGACGCUGAUGUUGUUUUCUGGGAGGGGAAGAUCGAGAAGAGGGAGACGGAGUUUAACGAGGUUGAGAUGAUGAAGGAACGAUUCGCAAAGCUACUCCUUGGAGAAGAUAUGUCUGGUGGAGGAAAGGGAGUCUGCACUGCUCUUGCCAUAUCAAAUGCCAUUACCAAUCUCUCUGCCACUGUAUUUGGGGAGCUUUGGAGGUUAGAACCCUUAGCACCACAAAAGAAGGCGAUGUGGCUUCGUGAGAUGGACUGGUUGGUAUGUGUUAGUGAUUCAAUAGUGGAACUCAUCCCGUCAAUCCAAGAAUUUCCUGGAGGUGGGACAUUUGAAGUGAUGGUUUCGCAUCCUCGCUCUGAUCUCCACAUGAACUUACCGGCACUUAAGAAGCUCGAUGCAAUGCUUCUUGGGAUGCUUGAUGGUUUUAGGGACACUGAGUUUUGGUAUGUUGACCGCGGAAUUCUGAUUGCUGAUGCUGAUGAGGAUGGAAGUGGGGCUUACCCGUCUUCUUCAUUUGGGAGGCCAUCAUUGAGGCAAGAAGAAAAGUGGUGGCUUCCGUGUCCACGAGUCCCGCCAAAUGGAUUGUCGGAGGAAGCAAGAAAGAAACUGCAGCAGUGUCGAGAUUGUGCAAGUCAGAUACUUAAGGCUGCAAUGGCGAUUAAUAGUGGGGUGCUUGCUGAGAUGGAAAUUCCUGAUGCAUAUUUGGUGAACUUGCCUAAGAGUGGAAAAUCAUGUUUAGGUGAGAUAAUCUACCGCUACAUAACUGCUGAUCAGUUUUCUCCCGAGUGUCUCCUUGACUGCUUAGAUUUAUCCUCGGAGCAUGAUACUCUAGAAAUAGCAAACAGGGUUGAAGCAGCUAUUCAUAUUUGGAUGAUGAAACACCAAAAAAGGCAUCCACUCCAUUCCAAGGCGAAGAAAUCAUGGAGUGGAAAGGUCAAGGGUCUUGUUAGCUACGCAGGAAGCACACAUUUUCUAGCACAACGGGCGCGGAGCCUGUUGCAGAGCCUAAGACGCCAGUACCCAGGUCUUCCACAGACUGUUCUUGAUAUGAACAAGAUUCAGUACAACAAGGAUGUGGGGCAGUCCAUCCUGGAGAGCUAUUCGAGAGUGAUGGAGAGUCUGGCAUUCAAUAUAAUGGCCAGGCUCGAUGAUGUAAUUUAUGUAGAUGAUGCAAUGAAGAGAUCUGUAGCUGCUGAGGCAGUCUCUUUAUUCAACCGAGGUGGAGGUUUUGGAGGACUUCCUCUUCAAAAAAGAAUCUCGCCGAGCCCGUUUUCCAUUCAAAACACCCCCUAUGCUUCUCCUUUUGCCACACCAACAUUUUGUGCUUCAACCCCGGUUACUUUAAGUCCGGGCAGAUCACACUCUACACUGAGCAAAGAAAAUAUUGGCCUUCGGCAAAAUAUGAAGUUGAUAAAACCUGUUUCGGAUGAUGUUGAGAGAGUUUGGUCAUACACUGGAAAUCUAAGUGCUAGAAAGGAUGCAGGAGAUGCUCCUGAAAGGGAUUGAUAUAAACCGAACAAACAGGAAAUCUCAUAUAAGAAGCUUGCGUAGGUGCAAUGUUUUUUUUUUUCGUGGGU